GCCACGUAAGCAGUGCCACAUCAGCAGUGUCACGUCAGACACAGUGCCACAUCAGACAAAGUGCCACGUCAGCAGUACCACGUCAACAACAUGACGGGCCUGCCAGGCCAACUGCCCAACGAGUCCCUUGCAACCUACAAGCAGCGGUUCCAGACUCAGAUAGAGGCUGAGGAACAACGGCAUGAAGCCAACAACAUCGAUAGACUCAAGUUCUGGCAUUUCGAACCGAACGGCGACGAGGUAACACCGGAAGAGAAACACAAGGAGUUCCUCUCCAAACUCGUGACAAGGUUGUUGUACGCUUGCAACUACCAACGGUCAGAGUUGGAGAGACAGUACCAGGACCUGACACAACAACAUCAGGAGUUGGCAAAGCUCCGCCGCAUGGUGCAGAGCCACGAGGAUGCAACUCGGGCACUCAAUGCUCGAUUGCUGGACCUGGAACAGGCUGUACCAAGACCAGUUGUUGGGGCUUCCAGCAGUGCACCCUCUAGCCGCCAACUGGAGGACCGCGUUGACCAUGUAGUGGCAAUGCUCGACGACAUCAGCACUUUCGCUGCGCCGACCACCACCAUCUGCAGUCAGCUGCAUACAUUGAAGACCGAGGUCCAGCAGCUGCAGACGACGAACGCGGAUGGCAACCCGAAGAUGUAUAAGAUGCCAACCUUCAAUCUGGAGAGGUUCGACGACUACACGCAACAGGAUCCGAUCCUUUGGUGGGAAGCAUUCACAACGCAACUCAGGAUUCUGCCCGUAGCCAAGCAUGCGUACAUCGGCGCCCUGUUCCUGAACUCAAAGGGCGGAUGCCAGACCUGGUUGAGCCACCUGGCAACCUCCCACGCCGUCGACGUACCAGACUUGAAGGACAAAAUCACAUGGGAGGAACUGACACGGCUGUGGAAGAAGCGGUUCAUCGUCGACGACGCGUCGGCACUCGCCAUCAACCGUUUGUUCACCAUGUCACAGGGCAACACUGCAACACGGGACUGGCUCACAGAGUGGUUGAAGAUUGCGGCAGUGCCCAAUCUGGACCUGCCUUUCACUCAUCUCAGACGUGAGUUCUACAACAGAUCCUGUGCGGCAUUGAGCGAGGCUCUUGGUGAUCGCGAGCAGUACUCAGCCUUCGCUGAAAUCAUUGACAAGGCGAGGGAGAUCAUCAAGACCAACAGAUCAGCUGCACACGAGAAGUCAACAUGGCAGCCGACCUAUGUGGAGAAGGUACGAACUGGUCCGCCACAGCAGCACUUUGCUGCAGUCCAGCAGGACAGUGGAGAUAACCCAGCAGCCACUCCAGCAUCAAGUGACGAAGAUCAGGUGGCUGUUGUCCAGCCGCGAAGCAGCAACAAGUCCCGCAACAAUGGGAAGGCGAAAUCCGCAUCGCAGGCCGGAAAUGGACAGCCAGUACAAAUUCCGCCGCCUCUAGCGGCCUCCUGCAAAUCUGGGGAGGAUGCGAAUGUCGCAAGUCCUUGGUAUACUUACGAGGAUUAUGCUGCCUACUUGGUUCCACUGCUGGACCAACCGCUCCACGUGCAACAAUCCACCGCAUGCAUGGUUUCAUCACCAUCGGCAACCGAUUCGGCAGCUUCGCCGCAACCUAUCGCCGGGGAUUCGACGUCAUGGUCAAGACUUGAUGAGCUCGAUCCGUUGACGUUCACGGACUUCCAAUGGAUGCCCGUUCCCUCGACCGGACAAUUGUCGAAACCGCAUUGCAAUGUGCUCAUGGCACAACUGCGGGACUUCUUGCACACUGCAGUACCAGCUCCGUUGAUGGACGCCGGAGUAGAGGUUGUCGACCUUCACGCUUACAUCGCGAAGAUCGACCGCGAGUUCAAGACGCAACGGUACGACGACAUCGACGCACCAUUGCUAUACGUACGCAUUCAGAUUGGAAAGGCGACCUGCUGUGCCUUGAUCGAUUGCGGAGCGUCUCGCAACUACAUCAGCCAAGACUUCAUGGUGCGCGCCGGCCUUGGCCCACUCGUCCGGAGGAAGUCCCAGCCUACGCAAGUCACGUCGGCGGACGGUCACACGCACAAGUCAAUCGACCGGUGCAUUGACAACGUCCCAAUGUACUUUGCCCCUUACGCAAGUGAGGCGGUGUCCUUUGACAUUCUGGACACCAAAUUUGACAUGAUCUUGGGCAUGUCAUGGCUGCGAAGUGAGGAUCACCCGGUGAACUUCUUCCACCGCACCGUUCACAUUCGUGAUCGGAACGGAGUACUAGUUCCAUGCAAGGUGCCUUUUCCUCAUCCUUCGAUCAGCUGCCACGUGGUAUCCACCGCAAGCAUGCGAGCUUCCACCAUCAGAGACGACAUCGAGGAGAUGAGGGUGUGUUUUCUCCACGCCCUCCCGCCCCAUGACGCUUCAUCAGCGGACUCACCUUCGGAUCCAUGCAUCACCGAACUUCUCGACGCCUACAGCGACGUGUUCGAAGGCCCGCACGGGGUACUACCGGAUCGACCCAUCCGCCAUUAGAUCAUCCUAGAGGACGGGGCCGUACCUCCGCUCGAUUGCAUCUACCGAAUGAGCGAGGAAGAGUUAAGUGUGUUCCGCACACAACUCGACGACCUUCGAGAGAAAGGCUGGAUUCGGCCUAGCUCAUCGUCAUACGGUGCUCCUGUUCUCUUCGUCCGGAAGAAGAACAAGGACCUGCGGUUGUGCAUCGAUUAUCGCAAGCUCAACGCGCAGACGAUCAGGAACGCCGACCCUCUCCCACACAUCAAUGACCUUCUCGAGCGAUUGGGCGGCGCCCAGUUUUUCUCUUAGCUGGAUCCCAAGUCAGGGUACCACCAACUCGAGAUUCGCAAGGAGGAUCGCUACAAGACCGCGUUCAAGACACGG